AUGUUUUUCUCUGAAAAUGAUAUAAUCAAGACAUUAAAGUCAAAAUUGCUACCAACCCAGAACAAUUAUGAAUCUCUACCUACUACGUCUGCAGUAACAAAAACUACUGAAGUUUUGACUGCAAAGGAUGCUGAAAACCACAAAAAGGACAAAAGAUCAUUGGAAACAAAAUCUACAGAAGCAAUCCCAAUAUCAAAUAUUCCCUCCAGAAGUUUAAGUCCUGACAUUUUAAAAAGUGGUGAUUCUAUCAUAUUUUUGGAAACUACAGAUAAACUGCCACCAAGAUCACUGGUGCUAUGUGCCAUUGAAUCAGCAGCUCGCCACUAUCCUAACAGAUCAGUGGUCUUUUUCUUGAAAGGAAUGAAUGAAACAAAUAAAGAGGAAGUUCAAAAGAAACACCUUUCAGUAUUUUCAUCUAUUAAGAAUGUCUACUUCUUUCCUCUGCAAAUGGAAGUGAUUUUAGCAGACACACCUCUUCUAUCCUGGUACCAAAAGGUUGAUCCAACAAAAGAAAUAUACUGGGCCCAUGUCAGUUCAGAUGCCUGCAGGUUAGCAUUACUUUGGAAACAUGGUGGCAUUUACAUGGACACUGAUUUCAUAUCACUUCGACCCAUACCACAUCACAACUUUCUGGCUGCAGAGUCAAAGCAGUAUUCUAGCAAUGCUGUUUUAGGUUUCUCUUCCCACCAUGAGUUCACCUGGAAAUGUAUGGAAGACUUUGUUAAAAAUUAUCGUGGUGAAAUAUGGGGCUCCCAAGGGCCAUUAUUGUUUACUCGUAUUCGAAAUCAGUUUUGUAAUAUGGCUUCCUUUAAUGGAAAAGAGGAUUUUAUGUGUGGCAAUAUCACUAUCUUGAGCCCUGAACAUUUUUAUCCUAUUUUACUCGCAUCAUUCAAUCGGUACUAUGAAGUUUGGGACAAGGAACCGACCUUUGACAUUUCUUAUGCUCUGCAUCUCUGGAAUUUUGCAAAUCAAGGGAAUCAUAGGAAAAUAGUCCCUGGAAGUAACACACUGGUGGAGCAUCUAUACCAAAAGAAUUGCCCUUCAGUUUAUACUGAAUUAGCUAGAGAAAAGACUCCUGUAUAA